ACUGGGGCCUUCCAAACACAUCCUGUUGGACGGACGGCGUCGGAUAGCGGGGAAGCAGAGGGCCGGGGAAGUGUUUUUCUCAACUGACCAUUCAUACUAAAAACGUUGUUUUCAUCACACAACAGAAGAGAAGUACAUCAGUAAAUUGACACAAUGAUCCGCUUCAUCCUGAUCCAAAACCGCGCAGGAAAGACUCGGUUGGCCAAGUGGUACAUGCAGUUUGAUGACGACGAGAAGCAGAAGCUGAUCGAGGAAGUGCAUGCGGUGGUGACAGUUCGUGAUGCCAAACACACCAACUUUGUGGAGUUCAGGAAUUUCAAGAUCAUCUACAGGCGAUAUGCUGGUCUGUAUUUCUGCAUUUGUGUGGACGUCACAGAUAAUAACCUGGCCUACCUGGAGGGCAUCCAUAAUUUUGUGGAGGUACUGAAUGAGUACUUCCACAAUGUGUGCGAACUGGACCUGGUCUUCAACUUCUACAAGGUGUACACGGUGGUGGACGAGAUGUUCCUGGCCGGUGAGAUCCGGGAGACCAGCCAGACCAAGGUGCUGAAGCAGCUCCUCAUGCUCCAGUCUCUCGAGUAGACGUCCAGGGCCGGCCGGCCCGCUCACGUGUCCGUCUCCAUGGUGAUGGGGCGUCCCACUCGCGUGCACACAUGACGUGUGACGUGUGACGUGGUAUCUCAUCACCUGAACGCAACUUUACCUAGUUUGACAUUCUAUGGAGCAGGCUGUUUAGCCUUGCUAAAUGUGUGUUUGUGUGUGUGUCGGUGAGUGUGUGUGUGAGUAAGAGAGAGAGAGAGAGAAUGUGUGUACAUUUGGGUGCUGUGCUGCAAAGAUAGAAGACCACAACUGGACUUCAGGCCUGCCAGUGCUGACUCUGAGGCUUGGGGAAUUUUCAGGACGCCUAAUUCAGUGCGUGGGUGGACAUCUUUGCUGCAUAGCACUUAGCUGAUCUAAACUGAUGUUGUGAAGAUGUGUGGGUUUUCUCUCUGUGUGUGUGUGUGUUUGUUUCCAUUCAUCUCCUUCAUUAUCUGUUCAUUAGAAGCCCACCCUCUGUAGUUGCCACAUGUUCAUCCACAUGCAUUUCCUUGUUUUGGAUCAUUCUCAUGAGAAUACGCACGCUGUGAGCGGCAGGUAGGCACGCACACACGUCCACCCCCCAAAAUUUUUUUUUUCUGUCGUCAGCACUACCAUAGAGGCUUAACAAGCAACACCAUGGGUGUCGACUGCCAGUAAUCUGCUCUCUCAGCCCAAAUCCCAAAUCUUCGGUGUCUUAUAUGCAAAAGCAGCCUUUACUGAGGUCAGUAUUACACAGUGACCUUUUGCUACAAUUACAGCAAAGGUUACCAGCCGGGAAGAAUUUAUUUAUUUUUUUCACAUCUCUGUGUGUGGUCUGAUUGGUUCAGCAUCAAACAACAUGAUUUUAAUGGAGGGCAAUGUCCUAUUACUUGCAGACACAUCGGCACAUAUAUGGGAAUUGGGGUGGGAUGGUAACACCAGAGGUUUGGGCACUUUUUUUACAAGGGUGAAAUCAUACAACCUGGAGGCUGAACAGUUUGGUGCUGCAAGACACUAUUUUACUUGUAACGUGGUUUCAUGAUAACCACCACUUGACAAGAACAGUAACGUUAGUAAAUGACUAGAAAAAUAUCAAGUGAUCUAUUGUGCUUCAUGAUUAUUGCAGUACUGUGAAGGUAUUAUUUUUGUCUUUUUUUUUUCUUGUUUUUUGUAUUGCGUAUGUGUGUAGGAUGCGUGAUGUUGAUGGUGUGAGUGAUGUAUGAAAUCAAAGAGACCAUUACAGCGCUGUUAAGCUCUGUAACCCCUCACCAUUCCAAGUCUGUCUAGUCAAUCUGCUUCGUACCCCUCUAUCCAUUCAGUGGGAAAGUCACUCUUAGAUUGGUCAGUCUCCUUUCUGCCCACCAAUUGUGCAAUUGUGGACUCCCAAGCCCAGACUUCCAGAGUCUACAGAAGCAAGCACUGGGCAGAGAAAUAAUUGCCAUGUUUUUAUUUUUAUUUUCACAUGGUAGAUUUGUGUGCUUUUGACAAAACUACCCCCACACACACAUAGGCUGCCUGAGUCUGUUUUGGGCUGUAGCACUUAUGUCAUUAAAUGUCACUGUAGAAAUAGCAUAUACAGCAGGUUCAUUAGUAAUUACAAGCAAACCUGUAGUUGCGCUUAGGACAGCCAUUGUAGUGUAUUUAGUUUGUCUUCUCAAAAUGGGCAUGGUCCAAUGAUAUGAUAAAUCAAACGAGCUAAUUAUGAUCAUUCUGAUUGGGCUAUGAUUGAGACUACAGGUCUCAAAAACAAACAUCGUAUAGAACCGACACACGACACAAAAUCCUCUGGGUAAUACUACAAAGCUACUGUCUUUUCGAAGUAAGAAGAUCUUAAGUGAUCUAAAAAGAACACGUCACUUCUGAAACAAUAGUUGCUUGCUGUAGUGUUUUUUUUUUUUUUUUUUUUUUUUUAAAAGA